UCGCUGGCCGCGGUCGGGAUCUGACGUGCCCGCCUGCGCUCCGCUCUGUGCCCGCGCCGCCGCCCCCCGCACGCGCCUCCCUUGUUUACCUCUGCUUGCCACGUGCCUGCUCGUGCCACCGUGUCUGCUGGCUCCCUGGCCCGCCCUGCCUGCUGCGUGUGUCAGCGCCCGCAGUCGGGAUUUCAAUAAAGAACUUGGAUUUCGUCUCCUUUCCACUGGGUUCACGCUGUCAGGCGAAGGAAUCGUGGUUUGCCAUUUGCUUGGAUUAAAUCCCGAUUAUUACAUUCCUUUUUUUGUUGGUUUGUUUGAGGGGGGAUCAGUAUUCAGAGAGAAAAAAUAGGCUCGUGGGCGUAGUAGAUGAAAACGGCAAAAUAAAAUAUAGUAAGAGAGAGAGAGAGAAAAAAAAAAGCUUGAAAAAUAAACCCGAGUUUGUUUACAUCAGCCGCCGAACGAUAACAACCAAAACAAAACAAGAAACGCAACAGGGACAGUUCGAGGGGCGUCCCCUUAGCCUGCGCCUGAGCCAGAGUUGACCUGUGACCUGUCCUGUGGUGGACCCAUCCCCCCUUACCCCCCUGUGCCCCCCCCCCCCCUUGUGUUGGACCUUAUCCCUCGAACCACAUUAUAGCAACGGCCAUGGCUCUCUCGAGGAGGAGCGCGGCGCCCGCCCUGUGGCUCUCCCUCGUGGCACUGUGCCUGGCCCUGGAGGCUGCUUCGGCCGGCGACGCAGCGGCUGCAGGAGCGGGGGGAGGGGGAGGGGGAGGAGGAAGCACCCCCUCCGGCUGCCCCCCCGAGGAGCUGACGGUGUACAAGGUCAAGCUGGAGACCCACUGGAGCCCCAGGGACUUCCCCAAGCACUACCCCGAGUGGCGCCCCCCCGCGCAGUGGUCCAAACUCGCAGGCAUCAGCCACAGUCGCGACCUGGUCCUGUUCCGCGCCGGCGAGACGGCCAGCCCCGAGGUCAAGGCCUUCGCGGAGACCGGCAGGAGCGACGGCUUCGACAAGUACGGCCAGGGCAACGACGGCGCCCUCGACGUGUUCAGCGCCCCCCCCAUCCCGCAGGGCGUCGGGGAGACCCAGUCCGAGUUUUUCGUCGACGGGAAUCAUUCCAGGAUUUCGCUCCUGUCCAAGAUCGUCCCUUCGCCCGACUGGUUCGUGGGCGUGGAUAGCUUCGAGCUGUGCGAAGGCGGCAACUGGGUGGACAACGUAAAGAUCCAGGUCGACCCCCUGGACGCCGGGACAGACAACGGCCUGACCUUCACGUCGCCGAACUGGCAGACGAGUCCCCAGGAGAAGCUCUUCCGAAUCACCGCCAACUACCCCGACCACCCGGCGCAUUCCUUCUACUACCCGACGCUCCAGCACUUGCCCAGGAUCGCUACCUUCACCAUCACGAAGAUGAAGGAGUACACGCUGAGCGAGCACUUCGACCCCGUGGACGGGACGGCCUACGACGUCGUCAAGAUCGAGGACAUCGCCUACAAGCACUACGGGGACGAGUUGAAGUCCUCAGUCCCUGAGUUUAAAGGCAGCGCCGUCGACCCCGAGGACAGUGAGGAUCGCAAUCAGAACCACGUCUCUUACGUCACCUCCGUCCGAACGUUCACACCAGCCGUGACCACGACUUCGACCACCACCACAACUACCACCCCCGCGCCCUCUUCCGCCACGCCCCUCCGCGCCCACCACCGUCACCGCGCCCACCAUCGGCCGGCAGUCGGACCACGCCCCUCGGUCACGCCCUGGAGGUCGCCCUACGACACGGCGACGGAGGAGGAAGUCUCCCGCAACGCUUUCGUCAACGCUCUCCCGCCGGCCAAGGCGAGGGACGUGGCUGCCAACAGGAGGGUGUCCCUCAUGAGUAACUCGGUGGAGAGUGAGGACGAGGAAGACGACGAAGAGGAGGAGGAAAACCUGGAGAACGAGGAACAGCAGGAGCAGGAGCUGGCGGCGCAGCAGCAGGGCGAGGAGGGCCCCGUGCACGACAAGGCGGCGAGGACGCAGGCCAAGCACGUGGCCAGAGGCAGGUCCUCGACGCCCCACAAACGCAUCCCCACCGGCGACGCCAUGGCGGUCAUCGACGAUAUCGUCAAGAACUACCAGAAAGAGCAGAGGAGGAAGAUGAGGAAGCAGAGGAGGGAGCAGAGGAGGCGGCGCAGAAUGGAGCUCAGGAAGAUACGUCCUCCUCGCGACUGCCGCGUGACCGAGUGGUCCGCGUGGUCGGCCUGUAGCAAGACCUGUGGCAUCGGCGAGCAGACGAGGACAAGAACCAUCCUGAAGCACGCGCGCCGCGGAGGGAAGGCGUGUCCGGUGCUCGAGGAGACGACCUGGUGCGGCUCGGCCGGCGCCUGCCCGAGGGACUACUUCAUCUGGUCUUAAGGAGGAGCGCGGAGGAAGAGGACGUGGGGGAGAGGGGAGAAAGAGGGGGAGGGAGGGGAGAAGGAAAUGGGAUUGGGGGGGAGGGGAAGGGAGGUGGGUGAUCUUGGGGGGGGGUGAGACCACAUGAUGGCUGGCAGUGAAGAAGACAAAAACAAGAGAAAGAAAAUGUAAACUCGAAAAUAAAGUAUAUUACUUUUGCUUUCGAAAGACUUGAUCCAAUGAUAUUUAGUCACGACAGACAUCGACAGAGAACACGGGCUCUUCUUCUGGCAGCCCGGCUCACCAGGAGAGGUGUCAGAAUGCGGUCCGUCUGGCGAGGAGAGCCGAGGCGGGCCGCGCCUUGUAAAUAGCGGCGGAGCGAUGGCACGAGCGAGGCGGUCAUCAUGCCAGUCAUCAUUGCAUACGCGGAUGAAGUGUUAGCAGAACGACCCGACACAGACAACACGGGGAAAGCAAGGGUAACUCAGGCCUGUUCUCUCUCUAGAUUUACUUAGAAAAUUAUCAACAUGUCACGAAUUUUACAAAAAAAAAA